UUGCCGCUGGCGGCGGAGCCACCGCUGGCGCCGUCGGCGCUGCCGCUUUCGUGCACUUCGCCCGGCGGUGGCGCGUGGGUGGGCAUUUUUCUCUUGUACGGCGUCGGCGUUGCUGUGUGGCAAACCUCCGUGAUGGCGCUAGUUGGCGAGAUGGCGACACCGCGCCACGCGCCGCGCGCUUCCCGCCGCACCUCGCCCGCGCUCUCCCUCCCGGGAGGCACGCGCGGCACGCGCGGCGGGCGUGGGCGCAGCAUGGUUGGGGCGGCGAGGGCGGCGCCCGCGCCUGCAGCUUCGAGGGGCGGGCCGGAUGCGGGCGCGGGUGCGGUUGGACCAUUCGCACACCUCAAGCUCACUUCGGCGCUGUCGUCGUUUGUCGGCUUCUCGGUGCUACCACAGGUGAGCGCGCGCACCGCUUGCGCCAUCUGCGUCGCCGUCGUCGCCGUCGGCGGCGCGUGCCUCGCCACCCUGCUGUACGGCGGUGGCGCCGUCGCGCGGCAUCGCGACUCGGAGCCGCUGGUGAGCAGCGCGGCCAGGCGGAGCCACUCCGCUGCUGCUGCAGUUGACGUCACCGCGCAGCAGUCUGCUUCGGCCUGACUACACGUGCCACGUCUAGUGGCCGC